CAGCCAGGAGGACAGUAUAAAGCUGAGCCAGUGUUGGAGAAACAGCAGUGCGCAGGCCUCUGACACUCCUACAUACUCAAGAAGACAAAGCUACAGCCAUGGACACCAUCACAUAUCAACAGAACAAUACCCCAGCACUGAAAAAUUCCAAGUCCAGGAUGAACAUCAACCACUUCACAGACGUGCACGGUCUGCCCUGCAUUGAGAAGAUUGUGAGCUCAGUGGAGGAGACCCCCGAGCCCAUCAGCACCAACAUCACUGGGAAAAUCCCAGAAUGGAUCAACGGAAGCUUCUUGAGAAACGGGCCCGGGAAGUUCGAGAUCGGAAACCAUAGGUUCAACCACUGGUUUGAUGGCAUGGCUCUCCUGCACCAGUUCAAAAUAUCCAACGGACAGGUGACGUACAAAAGCCGCUUCCUGUCCAGUGACAACUACAAAGCCAUCAAGGAGCAAAACCGCAUCGCAGUGUCAGAGUUUGGCACUAUCACCAUGCCAGACCCCUGUAAAAACUUCUUCCAGCGCUUCCUGUCAAGAUUUGAAUUACCAAAGCCCACAGAUAAUGCCAAUGUGAGCUUUGUGACCUACAAAGGUGAUUACUAUGUCAGCACAGAAACCAACCUCAUGCACAAGGUGGACCCCGAGACACUAGAGACGACUAAAAAGGUGGACUGGAGCAAAUUCAUCGCUGUGAACGGAGCGACCGCACACCCUCACACUGACCCUGAUGGAACAACUUACAACAUGGGGAACUCAUACACCCCUAAAGGAGCGACCUACAACAUCAUCCGAGUGCCACCGACCAAGAAAACAGCUGGGGACACCCUGGAGGGAGCCACGGUGCUGUGCUCUAUUCCCUCAGUGGACAAGAGCAAACCAUCGUACUACCACAGCUUUGCGAUGUCUGAGAACUACGUGGUGUUCAUUGAGCAGCCCAUCAAGAUGGACCUGUUGAAGAUUGUGACGGGCAAGCUGAGAGGGAAAAGCAUCAGUGACGCCUUUUUCUGGGACCCGAAACUCAACACCAUCUUCCACCUGAUUCACAAGCAGACAGGAGAGCUAAGCUCCAUCAAGUACCUCGCCAAGCCGCUGUCAACUUUCCACCAGAUAAACGCAUACGAGGAGGACGGCUUCUUGAUCAUAGAUAUGUGUGCUUCAGAUGAUGGCCAGGCGAUCACUAACUACAACGUCCAGAACCUGCGCAAGUCUGGAGAAGACCUUGAUGAGGUGUACAACACUUUGUGUCGAGUCUUCCCGCGGCGCUUUGUUCUACCUCUCAAUGUUGACCAUGAUACACCCUACGGCCAGAACUUGAACCCGCCCAACAGCACAGCCACCUCUAUAAGAUUGGCCAAGAACAAGGUGUUCUGUACACAUGAGGACCUUCACGGAGAAGAUCUUCAUCAAUAUGGAGGUCUGGAGUUCCCUCAGAUCAACUAUGGCGAGUACAACACCCGCCCCUACCGCUACUUCUACGGCUGUGGCUUCAGGCAUCUUGUAGGUGACACACUGAUCAAGAUGGACCUCCAGGGGAAACACAUGAAGGUGUGGGAACAACCUGGUCUGUAUCCCUCUGAACCAGUUUUCGUACCCUCCCCUAAUGCCACAGAGGAGGACGAUGGUGUUGUCAUGUCUGUGGUCAUCACACCCAAUAAGGACAAGAGCACAUUCCUCCUGGUUUUAGACGCCAGAACGUUUGAGGAGCUGGGCAGAGCUGCGGUGCCGGUCAACAUCCCCUACGGCUUCCACGGGACAUUCAAUUCCACGGCAUAGAGUCGUAAAUAAACGAUGAACGUACCUCUGACCUCUCAUGGAUGGAUAGAGGUCACGGCAGAAGUUAUAAACUAUGUAAAUAUUGCCUGUGAUGUUUGUCUCGAAGCUGUUGUUUGUCUCAUCAUACACGUGAAUUUAGAGGUCGCUACACUGAUAUGAAUGUAUAGUUUGCUUUGACAAAAAAUGAAAAAGUCCUACUCAUGUUUAUUCAUAUUGUAGCUGUACUAUUUAAGUUGUGCUGUGUUAUAAAUCUUUUGAAAAGAUGUCUUCUUGUAAGUACGUUGUUCUUUCUAUACUUUGAACCAUUGUUUUAGAAUAAUUUAAUCCAAAUACAUAUUCAGAUAAGGGCUGCAGGUGGCUGAAAUAUACGGGGCAAAAUGAGGAACAUUGCAGGACUGCAAUAAAAUAUUUUUACAACUACAGAAUAUGUUCAGGUUCAGUUCAAGUUCAGCAAAGUUUUAUGGCAUCCUCUUUUGUAACCAGGAACUGAUAAGUAAAUGUAUGCUUUGGCAUCGUGCCCAAAUGUUAAAGAAAGAUAUGUUCAUUCAAUAAAUGAUUAGUAUGACUUACAUACAUGAUGAAUAAAGAAACAUGUACUUAAACAUCCAGUCUGUGUGCAUUCAUUCAUUCCUCCUUGUAGUUAUAAUUGUUAAAAAAAAACCCAAUUUGCUUGCUUACUUCCCAACUGAAGGUCAACUUUAUAUUACAUAAUAACAUCUGUAAUUGGAAUACUAUGUGUAGUAACUUCAUUCUAUGGGAACCAUACAUUUCAAUCACUGAUAUAUUAAA